UAAUGUUAGGCUAGGUGUUGCUACACAUCAUUUAGGUUAGGUCAGGUAAUGCUAAGUUAGAUUAGUGUCCUAUUAACCCAAACUAGUAAUGAAUGGUUUGACAAGCUUUUCUGGGACUAGCAGCAUACAAUGAAUGUUCGGAAGAGGCGGUCCAAGGAGCUCUGUGCAUUGCCGUGGCUGGGAGUAAAUGAGCCAUAAUUAUGUCUGGCAAUGAAAAUCGAGCUGCGCGCGCACUUAAUCACUCAAAACUAGCUGGUCACUGAAACCCACGACAGUGUCUGCCGCUUGCCUCUCCUUCCCAGUUUGGUUAAGAGGGAGAAUCCAAGUGAGAAGAGUUGUGGUGUGAAGACCGCGAUGAUUCUUCCUCGGGCCAAAUUACUGGCAUCCUAUUGGCCUGUUCGCCUAAAAGCUGCGAUAAAAUUACAUGGAAGGCUCACUGGAUACAUUAGAGGCAUGGCUUUUUCAGCACAGCAAGCCGAUGAGCCUUGGAUAACUGCCACACCGCGCGUCUGCCUCCACGAUGUCCCCACCACCUUGAAGGCAGGCGGUCUCCCCCCACACUCUCCUGUCACACUCUCCGCCAGCCUCAUCGAUGAGAAGGGCACAGAGAUCUGCUCCUGCGCCCACUACGUGACUGAUGGAGCCGGCAAUGUUGAUGUGCGGACUGCGGAAUCCGUGGGUGGGUCCUACGAAGGAGUGUUUCCAGCAGGGUUGCUCACCACACUGGCGCCCGCUCCACAUGAAUUCCAAUCCCACCGGCUCUUCCGCCGCAAUACCUCUCUCCCCUGGAAGAUCCAGGUGAGUGUCUUGAACGCUCACCAACCACCGGGGACAAAGGCAGAGGUAAUGGCAAAGGUGGAAAUGGAACGACUUCUGAUGGGACCUGGAGUACGACGGCUACCUGUGCGUGAGGGCAGGGUGAGAGGGGCUCUAUAUCUGCCCCCAGGUGAUGGACCCUUCCCGGGGAUUGUUGAUAUGUUUGGUUCUAUUGGCGGACUCAUGGAAUUCAGGUCAGCUCUACUGGCAUCACGAGGCUUCGCCAGUUUAUCCCUGGCAUUCUUUGAUUACGACGAUCUUCCUAAUACAACAGAGAACCUCGACCUGAGUUACUUUGAAGAGGCUGUGGAGGUGUUGCUGGCAGUGCCAGAAGUCAUACCAGACAGGUGUGGGGCCGUGGCCAAUAGUAGGAGCGGCGACAUACUCUUGAGUAUGGCUACACUACUACCCGCUGUGAAGGCCGUGGUCGGUGUCAGCUGUUCCACCAUAGCACUUGGAUCCACCUUAAUCUACAAAGGCAAGAUCUUCAAGCAGGGCUACGAUAUGGACCAAAUAACCUUUGAAAAGACUAAUAGAGGGCCCUGGGUCGGCAGCCUUCAGCAGCAAUUCACUACAGACAAUCCCGCUAUGAUCCCUGUAGAGGAGGCAGACGAGGAUACCCAUUUCCUUUUGGCUGUUGGAGAUGAUGACCCUUGGGGAUUUCAACACUCUCUCGCUCCCUUUCGGGAAAGGAUGUUGAGCCACAACAGGCACAACUUCGAGACAGUUUUGUACCCUGGCACAGGCCACAUCAUAGAGCCUCCCUACAAUGCGUUCAACUAUCAGUCCUUCCAUCGCCACAUUCCCACCAAAGAGCACUUGACCAAAGGUAUAAUUUUUCAGUGGGGUGGAAAGCCUCACUCCACAUGCACCGCACAGGAGGAUUUCUGGCGCCGUAUGCGUACUUUCCUGAUGAACCACGUGCAGGAUGAGAGUCCUUGGUAUCAACAGUACCUCACCCAGUAUACCCCUAAAAAACCUCCAAAUUGAAAUCACCAUGAUGCAGCCAAGAACGUGAGUCGACCAUUCAUCCAAUGGUUUCCAUUAACACAACCACUAUAAUGCAAUAUUUUAGUUUUGUACAAUCAGGAAUAUGGAAAAAUGGACUGCAACAAGACACAAAGGGCAAGGUAUUACUCUACACAAGACCAUCAUUACAAUGUGAUGUCUUUUUUUCAAUGAUACACAUUUCAUGACACUUUCUGACACAAAGUAUUUAGAGUCCACUCCACGAGACAUCUUCCUUUUCACUUUAUAAUCACGCACAUUUUCAGGCAUUAUUUUCAAAUUAUUAUUAAUUUAGGAAUUAUUUCCCAAUUCUAAAACAUAAUAUUUCUUUCCUUGAAAUACUAUGACUUCACUCUUCAUGGCAUAUCUGGGAUAAUUAUAGUGCAUUACAUCUCAUCACACACACACACACACACACACACACACAUUAAUAAAGAAAGUCAGUGUACAUUCGUUUUCUUUAUUUUCUUGCAUCUUUAAAUUGUGUUGUUGUUUUUCGAAGACCAGUAAAGUAGCACUUUUUAAGUGUUUUAAUUUUAGUUAUGUUAUUAACAAGCACAUACUUUUCAGCGAUAAAUAUAAGCUAGUGCUAAUGUAACAAUAUUAUAACCUGAAAUGUACUGCAUAUUUUUUUUACAUAAAGCAUCAUUACUGAA